AGCGCAUCGACUGCCGCGGGCUCCGCUGGGCGAUUGCAGCCGGGUCCGUUUCUCGUCUAGCUGCCGCCGCGGCGACCGUUGCCUCGUCUUCCUCCCGGACGCUUGUGGGAUAUCAACCAAUAUCCAUGAGCAUCUAUAGGCCAACCAUCGCCAUCCUUCAAAAGUAAUUAAAGGAUGGAAUUAUGAAUUCAAUCUGUUACAUUUCCACUUCUCAACUUUAAACUUUGGUUGCUUAACACCGAAGCAAUCAUGGUGAACCUGAGGAAAGCGGUGCAUUCGUUCCUUGUGCACCUCAUUGGCCUACUGGUUUGGCAAUUUGAUAUUUCUGUGAGCCCUGUUGCAGCUCUAGUAACUGACAUUUUCAAUACCUCCGAUGGUGGACGCUUCAAAUUCCCAGACGGGGUACAAAACUGGCCAGCACUUUCCAUCGUCAUAAUAAUCAUCUUGACGAUAGGUGGCAACAUUCUCGUUAUCAUGGCAGUAAGCUUGGAAAAGAAACUGCACAAUGCCACCAAUUACUUCUUAAUGUCCCUAGCCAUUGCUGAUAUGCUAGUGGGACUACUUGUCAUGCCGUUGUCUCUGCUGGCAAUCCUUUAUGAUUAUGUCUGGCCACUACCUAGAUAUUUGUGCCCCGUCUGGAUUUCUUUGGAUGUUUUAUUUUCAACAGCGUCCAUCAUGCACCUCUGCGCUAUCUCGCUGGAUCGGUAUGUAGCAAUACGUAAUCCUAUUGAGCAUAGCCGUUUCAAUUCGCGGACUAAGGCCAUCAUGAAGAUUGCUAUUGUUUGGGCAAUUUCUAUAGGGGUAUCAGUUCCUAUCCCAGUGAUCGGACUGAGAGACGAAGAGAAAGUGUUCGUCAACAACACGACCUGCGUGCUGAACGACCCAAACUUCGUCCUUAUCGGGUCCUUCGUCGCCUUCUUCAUCCCGUUGACGAUCAUGGUGAUUACGUAUUGCCUGACGAUCCACGUCCUCCGCCGCCAAGCCCUGAUGUUACUGCACGGCCACGUCGAGGAACCGCCCGGAAUAAGCCUGGACUGUCUCAAGUGCUGCAAGAGGAACCCCCCCGAGGAAGAGAGCGCUCCCAACCCCAACCAGGACCCGAACCCGCGCCGCAGGAAGAAGAAAGAGCGCCGUCCCCGGGGCACCAUGCAAGCCAUCAACAACGAACGGAAAGCGUCGAAAGUCCUUGGCAUUGUUUUCUUUGUGUUUCUGGUCAUGUGGUGCCCGUUCUUCAUCACCAAUAUUCUGUCGGUUCUGUGUGGGAAGGCCUGUAAUCAGAAGCUCAUGGAGAAGCUUCUGAAUGUGUUUGUCUGGAUUGGCUAUGUGUGUUCGGGCAUUAAUCCCCUGGUGUACACGCUUUUCAACAAAAUUUACCGAAGGGCUUUCUCUAACUAUUUGCGCUGCAAUUAUAAGGCAGAGAAGAAGCCUCCGGUCAGACAGAUCCCGAGGGUCGCGGCCACUGCUUUGUCUGGGAGGGAGCUUAACGUUAACAUUUACCGGCACACCAACGAACCGGUGGUUAAGAAAGCGGAUGAUCGGGAGCCCGGUAUAGAAAUGCAGGUAGAGAACUUGGAGCUGCCGGUUAACUCCUCCAAUGUGAUUAGUGAAAGGAUCAGCAGUGUGUGAUUAGCAGUGCGGAAGCGGCAGAGGCCUUUCCUGCGGGAAAGCUACCAACGUAGGAAAAGGUUCUCUAAUUCUUCUGUCGGUCAUACCUAAUGUAAAUAUCGUCGUCCGAUUUAAAAAAAAAAAAAAGUGUUUUUGUAUAUAGCUUUGCAACUUUACAAUCAUGCAUACAAUAGUGAGAUUUAGGGUUCUAUAUUUACUGCUUAUAACAGAUGGAGAAUAACUUAUUUUGAUUAUUCGAUGCGUAAAACGUUGAUGUUUCUUCUUUCCCUCCUUCUUUCCUUCCCUCCUUCCCCCGCCCCCCUCUCUCUGUCUCUCUCUCUCGCCCACUCACUUUUGUGCAUAAGGAAAGGUGGAUGUUCAUCUCAGGUGGCGUUUGCGUGAGACCAGAAUGAUGUACAGGGACAGUGGUUACACUUCAGCCACACCAAAAUUGACAAUUCGCUGGACUCUUUUCCCGGGUUAACAGUAAAUAUACGCUUUAAACUCUUGCUCUGCUCAUCUACACACAUCAACGUAGUAAGAUAGGUUCUGCCUUCUGAUGACCUUAUCACACCUAUUCGCGACGUCAAAGGUAGAACUUAGCCUCGUUGUCACAUACAGGGGCAAAAUUUGACAUUGUCAGAAUGUCGUGUUGGUAUUUUACCGCAAUGUCCGUCCCCAAACAUAGUGGUCUUUUAACAUAGCAGCUGGAUGACCAGGACUACGGAAGUGGAAGGCUGAUACGAGAUAUAUACACCAAUAGCUUUUCACUUCUCAAGGACAAUGUUCAAAUUCUGAUUACAAUGCCAAGCAAACUGGAAUUAACGUCUUCAUUCUGGUCCUUAGUAAAUACCUAAUUCUGUGAUGAAACUGGGGAAUGAGAUCCCAGAGUUAUUUCCCAAUCCAGGAUUCAACGUCGAUUGGGUUUUGAUCUCCGAAUCCUGGAAAUUCGUGUGCUACACACAAAGUGAAAUUUGCAUUUUGAGCCUUAUUAAAGUAUUUUCAUAAUUACGGUACCUCUGUCUAUAGGACCCAAUUUAGCAGUCCAUUUUUGAGUAAAACUUGCGCAGGAAGAGCAUAGGUGACCAAAACCUUGGAAGUUUUACUUGAUUAAGGACUACAGAAUUAGGCCCUUAGAAUGUGAAAAAAAAAAAAAAAAAAAAAAAG